AUGUUGGCGGAGCAACACAACAAUAUUAAAUGAACACUGUUGCACUUCUUGCAGCUGGUGCAAGAGCAAGAGCCACCUCCUCGUCCCCUUUCUUGCUACUCCUGCAGUGCCGUAGUUAAUCCUCUGAAAAAUGCAUUCCUGUCGGCAUCUGUGCAAAAGGUAGCGUCUCGGAUUCCCGAAGCGCUUGAAAGUACGCACGGCUGGCACUUCAAUGUUGCGGUUGUUUUCGGACCUCCGGGACCUUGGCUUCAAGAAAUCCCCGGCCCUGGUGGUCCGUAGCUUCGAGUGCUUAGACGCCAAUUUCUCAGCGGGCAUGGUACUCACGCCGUCGCCCGACCGGGUGCGAGGGUGUUUCUGCAGGGGUUGUUGCAGGCCAAUUUGCAAUGUUUUUUGUGGCGCGUCUCGGACGGCUGACCGCAAGACACCUCAACCGGCCUGAGUCUAGCGCUGUGGCCGGCAUUGCUGGCCUUCGCGGUUAGGCGCCAGAAUUAGAGCGCAUCACGCUGGGCUGUGUUUUACCCUGGCCCCGGUUUUUCUCUUACGCUUGGUUUCAGUGUGUUUUGCCCCAGUGCCUCUCUGACAUUCUCCGCCCGGCCCUCUUUCUGGGGGCGGCGCUUUCAUUCUGCUUGGAGCCUCACGCGCCGUUUGAGUGCGGCGAGCCCCGAUGCGUUGACGGCCAGCCAAAGGUCUUGGAUUUGCAUCCGAGCAACCAUGAGGGCAAGUGCCGGCCUCCCGGGAAAUAGCCUCUGCGGGUAGUCCUUGGGGGUUCAAGAAUGGGGUAUCCGACAUUUUGCUCCGAUGCAUUUUUCUCCAUCGUGAUUCGCUUCAGAAAAAAACGCAUCGGAGCAGUUUUUGUCGAGGUUCUUGUUAGAUGUAUUACACAACAUUGGAUCUCGUCCAAUCUGCUCCGAUGGAGACAGCGAUGCGUUUUUCGGAUCGAAGCCCUGGGCCUUGAGUGCCUUUGGACCGCUAACGAACCUGAAGAGGUCCAUCAGGGCAACUCACGCGAGCCUGGGGGCAUUGCUCUCAGCUUUGGUGACGAAAUCGAGGAAAACAAUUCCCAGAUCCCUGAUCCGGAAAACGCAUCCGUGUCUCCAUCCGAGCAAAAUGCAUCACCAGCAAACUUGCUCCGCUGCGGUUUUCUUUUACGGAGGCACGGGUGUGCUUUUCGGAUCAGGGAUUCGAGCAAGCAAAGUAGCGAACUUGCUCUAGUGCCUUCUUUACUGCUUCGCUCUUUGUAAGACGGCUUGGUCUCUCUCCAGAUGCAUCAGAGCAACCUCGUGUCUGAUUACAAUGCGCGCGCCAAUGUCUUCAGGGCGCGUAGCUUUUUCGCACUGUGUGGCCCUGAUGAAGAGCAAGAGCCACCUCCUCGUCCCCUUUCUUGCUACUCCUGUAUUGCGCAGCAACCAGUCUCGGACUAGAGCUGUUGCUAGCAUGCUCCUCAGAUCAAUGAGAUCCAUGAACUAGGUCACAGAACACCAGUAGGUGUAGGAUGUAAAUACAGGGGUCACACUAGUAGGAUCACAGGGAUCACACAGACAGGUGCGAUCACACUAGUAGUCGCUUGAACCACGGAGGAGAGCUUGCUGCAUUUGCUGGGUUUUGGAAAAUGUCUGCUCAGGACCCUACCGGAAAUUUUCGCGCGAUGCUGACGAACCCUUUUUAUGGUUCUAGCAGUUUCUGGGUAGUGGUUUCAUUCCGCUUUGAAGCGAAGGACUCAGACUUAUUUUCAGACUUUGGGAGCAUUAGAGGCUAUAUUUCUCCUUUUCUGAUUUGUCUUGUGCGCUGGGGCGUAUUUCCUCGACCGAGUAGUCUGGUAGCCGUAUCUGCAGAAUUUCGGUUCGCGAGUGCUAGCGUCAGCAUGCGAAUAUUUUGAAAAAAGGGCACCAGAGGCAGUUGCUUGAGGAUUCUCGAUGUUGCGCAUGACAACCAGGGCUAGAAGAGAUUUCGAGUUUACAUAUUGAUAUUGCACGCAACCACUGGCAGUGGAUAUAGCCGCCUAAAUUAAAACCGUUCUGACGAUGGGAACAUCGUUCGUGGUGAAGCCACCGCAGGGGAGUGGGAGUCUAAAAAGUAGAAAACGUCUCUGCCGCCCCAGAGAUGGGAGCGCGGUUGACAUUUACUAGCCUAAGAAUAGGGAGCGAUCAUGGCCUCAGUGCUAUUGGUUUCGCUGUUUUCCCUAUUAGCCUUCACGCCUUGCUGUAUUCAGAUUACAGCCGAUGUCGAGAAGUGCGAUGGUAGCACUUCGGCCAAGUGGUAUUCUUAGCCUGGUAAAAGCACAGCCGUAAGCUUAAGCAAGAAAAGUUUCUGACGUUCAUCUGAGAGCAAGAGCCACCUCCUCGUCCCCUUUCUUGCUACCCUCUAAUAGAAUUGAUAGCCGGAAAACUUCCCCGGAGACCUUCGGGGGACAGAAGCGCGAUAAUUUGGCAAACGAAGAGCCUCUGAAAAGUAUUUUUCGAAAAGUGCAUCUGAGGCGCAUCUGAGAGCUAGGUAGCGUUUGAAAAGUGAAAAAUCAGUGAUUUUUCACUUUUUCAAAAUUUUCUGAAGUCGACGGAGCGUGCAACUCUUUCCAGGUUGACAAGUUUCGAAAAGUGGAAAUCAUUUAGAAGUGAAAAAGCACUGACUUUAUUCUACUUAUCAAUGAUUUUCAUUCUGGAAGAGUGAACGCGGCCUCGACUCGCGAAAAUUUUCAAAAAGUGAAAAAUCACUGAUUUUUCACUUUUUGAAAAGUUUCACACACUCUGAGAAACGCGGCUACGACUCCAGAGUGAAAAUUUUCAAAAAGUGAAAAAUCAGUGAUUUUCACUUUUGAAAAAUUUUCAUUUUGGAGUUCAAGCCGCGCUCACCCUUCUCAGAGUGAAAAUUUUCAAAAAGUGAAAAAUCACUGAUUUUUCACUACUCUUCUCGAAGGUACCCGUGGUCUCGAAGGCCUCCGUGGCCACGGGUACCUUCGAGAAAAGUAGUGAAAAAUCAGUGACUUUUCACUUUUGAAAAAUUUUCACUUUUGAGGCGAAGCCGCGUUUCUCAGAGUGUAUGAAAAUUUUCAAAAAGUGAAAAAUCACUGAUUUUCCACUUUUGAAAAAAUUUCACUUUGGGGCCUCGACUCCAGAAAAUUUUCAAAAAGUGAAAAAUCACUGACUUUUCACUUUUGAAAGAUUCCCACUCUGGAGACGAAGUCGCGUUCACUCUUCCCAGAGUGAAGCAAGGCCGUCGGGCCGGUGGGCAAGUUUGUGAAAGCGCCUCACGCUGCUCUUCCGCGAUUUCUUAACUACUUAUGAGCGAGCUGUAGGAGGCCUUGAGUUAAUUUGGGCAGCGGCUCCUGUUCAUGCGAGCAAGCUGCAGACUUGCAGUGUCCCUCCGAUCCUCGCACUGUUGGAAAGGCUUUCUGAGUCUCAGACGAACGAAAAAGCGCGCGCAAACUAUCGAAUUUACGCGAUUUUUGUCCCUCGAAGGCGUCCGGAGAAAUUUUCCGGCGAAAAGGGGGGGGCUUUUGCGAGUCAUGCACUGUUGCACUUCUUGCAGCUGGUGCAAGAGCAAGAGCCACCUCCUCGUCCCCUUUCUUGCUACUCCUGCACAAUCCGUUACCAAUGCACUGGCGGUACCCAAUCCGUUACCCUUGCGAACUUGUUCCCAUGCUUUGGCUGGGGUUCUUGGUGUCCAAUUUGUUCGCCCUCUGUUCCCUUAGCAGGGCGGGGUCGAGGAUCCUCCUCCUCAAUAAUAUUUGGUGGCGCUGUGUAAGUGUAUUGUUAUUGCAUCUUGUGGGGCGAUGGCUCUUCGGGAUGCUUCCCUCGUGCAGGUGGUGGCUCCGUCUAUGACAGCGAGUCUCUAUAAUGGGCACGGUGUGCUCUCGUUAUCGCGUCGAUACAAUCGUAGGCGCGCGGAUUCUUACCGGCGGUAAGGGGCUCGCGUGCUAGCCUAUAAUCUGCCCUGGGGGCUACGAUAGCGAUAUCGUUCGCCACGCGCUUCUCCGGGGUGGCUUUGCUUGUCGCCAGCCAUGGUAGGCAUUGUUAGGUCGAGUGCCUCUAGUGAGACUUAGGUGCCCGUGGAGGCGGAAGGGGGCCGCGAAGGGGCGGCUGUUCUUGCUCGGUCUUCUGUUGUUUGGCAGUAUCGGGGAGUAAGUAGUGACCUUGUUGCGGGCUUCUUUGGGUUACUGGUUGGCUUGACUCGCUGGGGACGCACUACCGGGGAUGGUCCCCUGCGUGCUCUUUCAGUUUUUGCGCCGCUGCGUCCAGGUGCAACAGCUUCUACCUUUGGUCCGUUACACGGGGCAGUCCCGCCCCGCCGGUAGGGACGUUCUCGUAGAUGUUACUCACGUUUGCUGGCUGGCGCUCGGACGCUUUUGGAUUUGUGUCACGAAGACCUCUGUAGGCGCCGGGGCGGUUUGUGCCCAGGGCAGCUACGUUUCGAGUGAUGCGGGCUUUAAGGCUUUGCUGUGUUUACUAUGGCGGAAUUGGUGUCUUCGCUAUAUUGCCGGUUCCGGAUGUAGAUGUAGUCGUGAUCUUCUUUUCCGCGGUUUCAUGGAGCUCGCCUUCCGUCCGGGCGAUGGAUUGCUCCGGAGUGGUGGCUCUGGGGCAAGUGGGGCUGGGCUGGCGCUCCUCUCCCCCCAUUCAACCACCUGCGGUGGGGUUCUGGGGGGUCUUGCCUGUUGGCCUGGUGGUGGUGGAGUGGGUCGCUCCCUGCUGCGGGAGCGAGGGUUCGACCCGCUUUACCCAGCCCCAACGGCGCGGUCCAACGGGCCGCUCGGGUGGUGGAUACCAGAUGGAAGGAACGAAACGAAAGACACAUCUACCCCGGUAGAUUCUUUUCGUGUAGUGACUGGGAUUUGGGGUCCCCCGUUCGCACUGUGUCGGCUGGCAGAUCCGUAGAAGCAAAUGCCCGUUUGCGUACUCCCCCCCUAGAGUGGGGGGGAGGGAUGUAGAGUCAUCGAUCAGUGCGUCUGGGGGACGGGAAGUAGGAAGUUUUUGCCCCCCCUCCCUCCCGAGUGGCCGCAUACGUCGAGCCGGCUAGUCCGGACAGACGUUUGGUGGUGAGGUGGGCUGGGCCUUCAGUGGCGGGUACUAGGCCCAGCCCGCUUUACCCAGCCCCAACGGCGCGGUCCCGGGUCGCUCCCUGCUGCGGGAGCGAGGGUUCGACCCGCUCGACCCAGCCCCAGGUGCAAGAGCAAGAGCCACCUCCUCGUCCCCUUUCUUGCUACUCCUGCAGCCGGGGUUCCCUAUAGCCCCUUUGCCGGGGUUCCCUAUAGGGGAAUGGAGGUUCCGGCACAAAUGCACGGCAUUAGCUAUUGGUAUUACCUUGCUCGGGCUUGGAGGGCUUGUGCCGUCUUGCCGGUUCGCUGAAAUCGAAAGCGUUUCGUUGCCAGGUUGUGUCCGUUUUGCGCUCUGUUUUACGCCGCGCGGGGACGUCAUGCCGGCGCUUUCAACGAGAGCGCUCUCUUUUCAAGAUUUCGGUCUGGGGGACCACGGUGGCACGCUCCAUUCUUGAUGUCUUUGGGCUGACUGUCAGUUGUUCCAGUUGCGGCUUGCGGCCGUGCCGGCAGUGGCCUACCUUGCGGGGGGUUGUUAGUUUGUAUACCCGGGCCAAGGUCGUAGACCUUUCCGUGUGGAUGUUUGGAGCUGGCUUACAGCACGUUGCGCACGUAUAGAGUGGCGCCCUCCUUCCUGUGCGAGGGUUUUGCUUUUUCGGGAACUCGCUUACACGGCUCCUGCUCGAAGAGCAGGCGCUCCCGCUUCUCGUUCACGCUGUUUUUGGCUGAUAGUGGGCUGCUUGCGCUUUUUUCCGGGGUGGCUAUUUUGGGGCCGGAACUAGCGACGUGCAGGUGCUCCUGGUGCGGCGUUCUCUGUCUUGGUGCUGCCGCUUGGCGUACUUUGCUUGCAGGAUUGCUUCGGUCGUUUGCCUGUCUUCCCCUUGGGGGCAAGUGGGGCUGGGGCUGGCGCGUUUCCCCCCAUUCAACCACCGGAGGUGGGGUUCUGGGGGGUCUUGCCCUGGGGGCCAGGUGGUGGUGGAGUGGGCCGGUCCCCGCUACGGAAGCAGGGCCCGGCCUGCUUCGCCCAGCCCCAUCAGGCGUUCUUGCAGCUGGUGCAAGAGCAAGAGCCACCUCCUCGUCCCCUUUCUUGCUACUCCUGCAGUGCCGUAGCAGCUGAAGCCUCGUGCUGGAAGUUGAGUAGCUGCAGUAGGUGAAUAAUUUUGAACAAGUUGAAGUUGUACUUCUAUGGACCUCCACACGAGCGAGGAGCAACGCCAACACGAAUUUUUACAUAGUGACAGCCGGAUUUAAAAACUCCAUUCCCGC